AGUUUAUUUCUAAUUUCUAACCAGGCAGUGGCAGCAGUAGCAUUCAGUAGUAGCUAGGUAGCCGGUUGGGUUUGGCUGAGAAACUUUGGUAACUAACCUCUCCAUCAGCCUCUAUGCUAUAUAUAUAUAUAUAAAAUCCCCAUCCCGCCACCACCACCACCACCACCACCACGUCCACUUCAACCGCUCGCUCACUUUUCAAAAUCUCUCUAAGCAUGACAUGAAGAUUUCUCUACUUCUCCUUUAAAUUUCUCCAAGCCCUAAUUUCUCUGCUCUCCUCCAUCAAUGGCGUCUCUGCUUCACUUCUCAUUCAUUCCUUCCUCUUCUUCUUCUUCUUCUUGUUCUUCUUCUUCUCUUUUCUCAGCGUUUCACUCUCGCUCUCCCGUUUCAUCUCCUGCUCGAAUUAGAACUGGCGUGAGGUGUAAUGUUAUGGAACCUCUGAAAUUCAUGAACGGAAAGCCGACGCUUCUCAAUGGAGAAGCGGCGCUGCCGAGUGUUUUGUCGUCGAGAGUGCAAUUGGAGAAUGUGAUUAGCAAGAACGAUACCAGGCUCCGGAUCUUCUCUGGCACUGCUAAUCCUGCACUUUCUCAGGAAAUUGCUUGCUACAUGGGUUUAGAACUUGGGAAGAUCAAAAUAAAACGAUUUGCAGAUGGUGAGAUAUAUGUCCAGUUGCAAGAGAGUGUCAGAGGUUGCGAUGUAUACCUUGUACAACCUACGUGCCCUCCUGCAAAUGAGAAUCUUAUGGAGCUUCUCAUAAUGAUUGAUGCUUGUCGGAGGGCAUCAGCCAAAAAUAUUACUGCAGUUAUUCCAUAUUUUGGUUAUGCCAGGGCUGAUAGAAAGACUCAAGGGCGUGAAUCCAUUGCAGCCAAACUUGUUGCUAAUUUGAUUACAGAAGCAGGUGCAAAUCGUGUUCUUGCUUGCGAUCUUCAUUCAGGGCAGUCCAUGGGCUAUUUUGAUAUUCCUGUGGACCAUGUAUAUGGUCAGCCUGUGAUACUCGACUACCUGGCCAGCAAGACUAUAUGUUCUGAUGAUUUGGUUGUGGUCUCACCUGAUGUUGGAGGUGUUGCGAGAGCACGUGCUUUUGCCAAAAAAUUAUCUGAUGCCCCUCUAGCCAUUGUGGAUAAAAGGCGUCAUGGGCAUAAUGUUGCAGAGGUGAUGAAUUUGAUAGGUGACGUGAAGGGAAAAGUAGCAGUAAUGGUGGAUGACAUGAUUGACACAGCAGGGACUAUUGCCAAAGGUGCAGCUUUAUUACAUCAAGAGGGAGCCAGGGAAGUCUAUGCUUGCACUACACAUGCUGUUUUCAGUCCUCCUGCAAUAGAGAGGUUGUCAAACGGUCUGUUUCAAGAGGUGAUCAUAACAAAUACCAUUCCAGUGUCAGAGCAGAACUAUUUUCCCCAGCUAACUGUUUUGUCAGUGGCGAACCUCCUUGGCGAGACCAUAUGGCGUGUUCAUGAUGAUUGUUCUGGUGGCUUUGAAACUUACUCCACCUUGGGCAUUGACUGAUCAAUUUAUGUUGGUGGUGUUCCCAUCCCAGCUUCCAUUACUGCCAUUAGCUACCUUUUACAGAUACAAGAUAUCUCAAUAGCAAAAGCACUAACUUUUUAGAGUGACCUUACCUUUUAGUUGGUGGUUUUCAAACUUUGUACAAAUUUGGAUUGAUUGGAACAAUCAGUUAAGCUUGAAAUGAACUCAUAUAGGUCUUCAUUGUUUCUCAACUGGUUGAUUACUGUUGAGAAAUUAGUUUUGGAGUCGGAUCCAUAGACAAUACUUGGUUUUUGAUCUCUAUAAAAUGUUGUAUGCCUCCUUUUAGUAAUCAUUUUUAUAUUAUGUGCUGUGCACUUAUUGAUUAUCGCUGAGAUUCUGUAUCAUACUUCAUGCAUAGUCCAUUGAUCGGUAGGAUGCUCAGUUCUGGUCUAUCAUCAUGAAAAAAUGACUUCUUAAUUUAAGAUUUUCUCAUGGCUAGCUUAUAUUACCUUGUGCCAUGACAAUCUGUUAGUUGUCUAAAUAGAGUCAAAGACAAUUUGUUAGUCAUCAUAAUAGUGCGAAUUUCAUGUAAAACUUUCCGUUAUUCUCAAGAGGAUUUCUACUUUUUGAUAAAUUUUCUUUGGAAAUUAUGCCUUUUGUUUUAGUUAAUUUCUUAUUUUUUGGUGGAUGUUUUAGUUAGUUUUUAGUUGUUUAUUGUUGGAUACUGUUGAUGCUAUGGUUUGGGCUCUCUUUUUUGAAAAUUUUAUAACUCUAAAAGUAAAGAAGUAUUUUCAAAAAGAAUAAUUUAAUAUUUUAAAAUUUUAAAAUAAGGAACACAUAUGUAUUCUACAAAAGUAGGGCAUUGGUCCUUUCACACAACCCCCCCC